UGAAUUAUGACUCAACAGCCAGAUGCCUUGAAUAUUUUUAACAAUAGUAUGGUUAUAAAACAGCUUAGUUCCCAUCCUUAAACAAAGGUUAUUGAUAGCCUAUUGAUAACAAUUUGAAAUAAUGAGACUUUUCACUUUAAAUUGCCCUCAACUGUCUUGUGUGUAGGAUGACAUGUAUUUGUGAUUUAAAAUGUGUUAUUUAUGCUAUAUAACGUACAUUAUGUUUUAUACUAUACGAUACCUGACAUCUGUCAUCAACUUAUUUCAAAUUUCAUUGUCAUGAUUUGUUCAUAAGAAUGUAUUGUUUUGUGUCAUAGGCUAUACACUGAGUAUACCAAAUAUUAGGAAGACCUUCCUAAAUUGAGUUGCACCCCCCCCGUUUGCCCUCAGAACAGUCUCAAUUUGUCAGCCAUUGACUCUACAAGGUGUCGAAAGCGUUUCACAGGGGAGGCUGGCCCAUGAUGACUCCAAUGCUUCCCACAGUUGUGUCAAGUUGGCUGGAUGAACUUUGGGUGGUGGACCAUUCUUGAUACAAACGAGAAACUGUUGAGAGUGAAAAACCCAGCAGCGUUGCAGUUCUUGACACAAACCGGUACACCUCACACCUAUUACCAUACUCUGUUCAAAGGCAACUUAAAUAUUUUGUCUUGCCCAUUCACCCUCUGAAUGGCACACGUACACAAUCCAUGUCUCAAGGCUUAAAAGUCAUUCUUUAACCUGUCUCCUCCCCUCCAUCUUCACUGAUUUAAAGUGGAUUUAACAAGUGACAUCAAUAAGGGAUCAUAGGUGUUCUUAUUUUUUUGUGAACUCAGUGUAUAUUGAUUAGUGUGUAGGCUAAACUACUAAUCUUAAUUCCACGGUUAGGUCAUUUAUGUCUAAACAUAGGCUAUAACAUUGUUUGAGUCAUGAUAUUGUCAUGUUUUUGUUUUCCAUGGACUGUUGGGUAUUUUGAUUUCUAUUCACUUCUCGUCAUUUUUGCGAUGGAAUAUGUAAGUAAACAAUUGACUUAAUAGCAUUGAUGGACUGAAGUUGCUUUCCUGUGAAAUGGCUCUUUUUAUGAAAAACCUGAAUGCCUAAAUUGAACUGUUGGAGAAGAAUCAUCAUGUCUUAUGCCUAAUAAUAUGCAAUUACAUAUGACAUACAUUCAGGGUAUAUGAUAACAUUAUAUUACAGUUCGACUCAAAUACAUAUAAUAGUUGCCUAUGGUAUCAUCAAAAGUAUGAUGAUAACAGAGAAUAGAACCAUAUUUUCAACCAGAACACCUUACACACAGACUUAUACAAACAAUAGUUUAAAAAGGGAGGGUCACUGAGGAAAAAAGAGAAGUACCAUUGGGUUGGAGUCAGCAGAAUAAAAGGUGAGACAUGGUAACACUGAUGCUGAUGACAAUGCCAUUUUACAACCCAAUAAAAGGUUUUCAACUGACAUACUAUGAGGUUCAUGGAAAUUCCUUUUAACGUAGAUUCAUAACAAAGACGAGCAGAAAUAAUGGCAGCCAUCGUAACAGGGCUCAUCCCAAUCCUCCGCACGGCAGUGGACACCACCACCACCUACAAGUGCCGCUCGCUGUGGUUUGGCUUCCUCUGCAUGCGCCUGGUGGUUCUGUUCGUGGCCGAAAUGCCCUGGUUCAAGCUGGACUCGGACUUCAGCUGUAACACCACCCAGGACAUGUGCACCCGAAGCUGCUUCAAUCAACACUUUGACAAGCCUAUCAUGGUGGCCUGGAACUUCUUCUUCAUCCUCCUCAUUAUGUCUGUCCUCCUCAUGGAGCUCUUUGCCUCCCACCUCCGCUCCGCUGCCCAGAAGAGGAGCUCCCGGCAGAGGAAAACUACCGGGGAGUUGGAGGCCCAGGGGAAGAGUGUCAGUGUGCCUGAAUUGGAACCCCCAGGGAAGAUGGUGAUUGACCUCCACAAAGACAGGGGCACUGUGGGCUUCUACCUGCUCAGCACCGUGCUGCGUAUUAUGGUGGAGGUCUGGUUUGUCUAUAUGCUUCUGUCCUGGAACCUACCUAAAGUAGAUGAAGGACCAUUCAAGUGUAAAUCAGGUAUCUGCCCAGAGAUACAUAUUUGCUUGGUGAGGGCGGCACCAGAGAAACGUAUGUCUAUCUAUGCUUUAGCCUCUGUUUCAGGCCUGGUCAUUGUAACUUCUGUCUUGUUCUGUUUUUACUCUAUUUUCCACUACCUCUGUAAAUGUUGAGCCUGCAGGGAACCCAUACUGCACCAUUUUAACUAUAAAUGUGUAAUGUGUAGGUGUAACAUUGGAUUUACUGUUUAAAAAAAAAAAAUCAUGUGUCAUGUCUGUGCCAGCUUAAAAGGCUAAUAAUGCUAAAUAAUCUGUCCAAGUUUCCUACAUUCUCAUUCUUGGCAGCAGUUUUUACUGUUCAACCUAUGUUUAUGGGUGUAGAAACACCUAUCUGAUGGUGUGUCUGAGUCAGGCAUUUCUAGUGCUUUCUGGUCAGGGUGAUGCUAAGCUAGAGAGGGAGUGAUACAGCGCCUUCAGAAAGUAUUCACACCACUUGACUUUUUCCACAUUUUGUUGUGUUACAGCUUGAAUUUAAAAUGAAUUAAAUGUAGAUUGUUUUUGUCACUGGCCUAAACAAAAUACCUCAUAAUAUCAAAGUGGAAUUAUGUUUUUAACAUUUGACAAAUUAAUAAAACAUUUAAAGAUGAAA